AUGAAUCUUCCUUUUUUUUUUUUCCCGUUAAAAGAAUUAUAUAUUAUCACAAAAUCACCCAAAGAUACAGUAUUCUUUUGUUUGGAUUGUAAAUUAAAACCAUGUUGUACUCAAUGUACAUCAAAUAAAGGUGAACAUCAUGGUCAUAGAACUGAUUCAUUAGAAUUAGUAAAUACUCUUUCAGUAUUGGAACAUACUCAAGAUAUAAUGGAUAGACUUAUAACUUCUUCAAUUAAAGAUAAGAAUGAAUUACUUAAAAUAUUAGUUUAUAAUUAUAAUAAUGAAUAUCAUAAUAAAGAGAUCUUUGAAAAAUUUAAUGAAAUUUCAAAAUUUAAUGAUCAACAAAUUUUUAAUAAUGAAGAUUGUUUUAAUGUUCAUGGAGAUACAAUUAAAACUAUUAAAUUUAACAAUUUAAACUUUAAUAUUUAUAAAGAGGGUGAUAUUCUUAAUUUUAAGGAGAAUGUGGGUAUAGAAUUCAAAGACAAUUCUAUAAAAAAUCAAUUACCAUCAAGUGUAAUGCUCUUGGAUGGAUUCAAUCAAAAAUUAACACCAGGUAUAUUACCAGAUCAUAUUAAAUGGUUGCAUUUAGGUGAUAUUAAACAAGAAUUAAUUGUUGGCUCAAUUCCUAAUACUGUGACUCAUGUCACUUUAUUUGAUGGAUUUAAUCUAAAAUUAACACCAGGUAUAUUGCCAAAUUGUCUUGAAUCCUUGUAUUUAGGUAAUAUUGGACAAGAAUUUAUGAUUGGUUCCAUUCCUAAUACUGUGAAGAAAGUAAAAAUUUCUGAAAAUUUUAAACACCAAAUUGAACCUUUUGUUUCAAAAAAUGAAAUAAUAAUUAAAUUAGGUUGA